CCAUUGUAACUUCUCCUUAUUUGCUAAGCAUUUAUAUACAUCAGGUUCAUCUUUUUUAGAAAUAAACUAGUACUAGUACCUAUAAUAAGCUUUGCAAGCGAGGACAAAAUCACUUUUUUAGCAACAUGGAGGCUCUACGAAAAUCUUUGUUGAUUUUUGCUAUUGUUACAGUAAUAAUCCAGAAUAAAGCAAUGGCGGCACAACAUGUUGUUGGGGGGAGCCAAGGAUGGGAUGAAUCCACUGAUUUCAACUCCUGGGCGUCUGGUGAGACAUUCAAAAUUGGAGAUACACUAGUAUUUAGGUAUAAUCCAGGCCUUCACAGCGUUGUCGAAGUUGAGGGUGAAAGUGCAUACAAGAGUUGUGAUACAAGCAGUUCAGUGAACUCAAUGAGUGCGGGUAACGAUGUUGUUAAACUAAACAAACCAGGGACUCGAUAUUUUGCUUGUGGAACAGCUGGUCACUGUGACCAAGGAAUGAAGCUUAAGAUCACAACUGUUACUGGAAAUGCACCUUCUAAUCAGGCUGCUACUUCUUCCACCCCUAGCUCCUCUUCUGCAGCGCCUAAUUCCCGUCGUUUUUCUACUGUGUUCUUCACUUUCAUAGCAGUAAUAUUGACUAUACAAAUGGCUCUAGUCUUCCAGUUCUAAGUCAAACUUUGCUUUAUUUGGUUCUAUGUUUUGCACUUGAUGAGGCGGAGUAGCUUGUAUUUAUAGGGAGUGGAGCACUAUGUUAAUUUUGUCUAUAAGUUGUUCAUGUGAUGUAUUGUGAUUCUGUUACUUCAAAUUUUGUAAGGAGAUCAAAUAAUGACAGCCAUUUGUUUCUUUU